AUGAAGGCUACUUUCACUUCCAGCACUCCAUUUCCUCCCAUCCCACCAUGUGAUACCAUUUCCCGACGACUGAAUUUCCUCAUCUUCCCAUCUCUUCUCCUUCUUCUCAGCACCGCCAUUUUAUGCUACAAUUCAUUCUCACCAUGGCGGCAAGACAUCAAUAUGGUUUAUCCCAAUUCAAAGCCUUCUCAGACCGAAAACUCUACUGGGUUGGGAAAUCAAUGCGAUUUGUUCUCUGGGGACUGGGUUCCUCAUCCAGAGGGACCUUACUAUACAAAUGAAACAAAUUGUGAAAUUGAUAUACGACAGAAUUGUAUGAAGAACGGCCGGCCGGACACCGAGUUCAUGAAUUGGAGGUGGAAGCCUGAACAGUGCGAGCUGCCCCUGUUUGAUGCAAUUCAGUUCUUGGAGCUCGUGAGAGGAAAAACCAUGGCUUUUGUCGGUGAUUCCUUGUCCAGGAACCAGUUGCAGUCUUUACUCUGCUUAUUAGCCACUGCUGUUGAUUCAAUACAAGCAUCACAUGAACCAUUUGCAAAAUCCAGAGUGUGGUUCUAUCCAGAGUAUAAUUUCACAUUAGCCUUUCACUGGUCCUUUCAUUUGGUGAAAUCAGAAGAUGCUGAUCUCAAGCUUGACCCGCCAAGUAUGAAUGUUUACUUGGAAGAGGUGGAUGAGUAUUGGCCACCCCUAAUUGAGAAUUCUGAUUUUGUGAUUAUCUCUUCUGGCCAGUGGUUCCUCAGGGCACUUAUGUACCAUGACAAAAAGGGUAGGCUGAUAGGUUGUUAUUUGUGCAAGAAUGAAAACAUUACUGACCUCGGGGUACAUUACGGAUAUCGAAUGGCUUUCAGGACUUCGUUCAGGGCUAUAAUGAACUUGAAGAAAUUCAAGGGCAUUACGUUUUUAAGAACGUUUACGCCAUCACAUUUUGAGGGUGGAAUGUGGAAUGAAGGUGGGAAGUGUUCUAGGACUAGGCCGGUGGCGAAGCACGAGAUGCAGUUAGGUGAUUACUUUGCGGAGCUACAUUCGACUCAAGUGGAGGAGCUAAGAGCUGCAGAAACAGAAGGAUGGAAACUCAGAGGAUUGAAGUUUAGGGUGCUAGAAGUUACUGAAAUGAUGAGGCUCAGACCUGAUGGUCACCCCAGCAAGUAUGGCCGUCCAGGUGGUGUCAAUGUCACAACACUUGAUUGUGCACAUUGGUGCCUUCCUGGCCCCAUUGACGCAUGGAAUGAGCUCUUACUUCAGAUGUUGAAGAUGGAAUUGAAGAUCCGUGGCUCGAGGUAA